CUUAAUCAGAAAAAAUAAUAAGUGAAAAUAAAAAAUCAUAUAGAAAAAGAUUGUUUUAUUGAUAAAAAAAUAAAUUUACUUUUUUGUAGAAUCUAAAUAAAUAUGAAUAAUUCAUAAUAGGACCAAGGAAAUUUCUGCUCUUUUUGUUAAAAAAGAGUUUCAAACUACGAAUUGCAUGUAAUCUAAUGCCAAAAAUAGAAUAGAUAAGCUUAGCAAAAUCUUCAAAAUAACAUGAGUAGUAAUUCUAAUAAACCUCAAUAGAGUUAGGAUGCAUUUAUGAAAUAGUCCCCUUCAAAAAAUAGAGACACCCAAUAUUCUUAUUAAGCAAACGAGGUUAUUUCUGAUAAUCUGCGUGAUGUGAACAAUAGAAAUAUGUUUGGCCAAUAAAAUGUCUAAUAGCAAUCAAACCAGAGUUAAAGGCAAGGAAAUAGUGGCUAAUUUAAUAAUGAAUAUGACCCUUAAAAUUUAAAUUAUCAACGUAAUAAUGGAAAUAUGUCAUAUUAUCAUCCUCUUGAAUAAAGUUAGGAUGAAACAGUAAAAUGUCCCAAUUGUGAUACUAUCUUAACCAUCGAAAUGGUAUCCAUUCAUGUAGAAACCUGUCCUAAUAAAGAAAUCUAAUGCUAAUUCUGCAGAUAGCUAUUCCCUUAAUGCAUCAUGAAUGACCACUUAGAUGUAUGUGAUUAGGCUUUAAAUUAGUAAUAAUAGUAAUCAUAGCUAAGAAGAAAUGGAAACUUUAGCUCUAAUAAUAAUAGAAAUCAAAAUAGAUAACCAAUCUUUUAAUAAUAACAUAGUAGAAAUGAUAAUAAUAAUUAGAGAUAAUAAUAAAGGUAAAAUUCCUAUUAAAAUUAAGAAGAAUAAGAAAUGUCUUUCUAAAGGCAAGGUAGCAGCAAUCCUCUAUAGGCUGAAAGAGUACAUCCAUUAGAGCUUUUGUUCUUAGGAUUAAGAGGGAAUAGAUCUAAUAGAAGACAAGGUAUUGGAAGUGAUUUAUUUUAAAUAUUGAUACCUUUAAUGCAACAAUCAUAAAACAGAUAAUUUUAGUACUUUUUAAGUCAUGGUAAUAUGGAAGGCUUUGACUAUUCUAAUGACGGAGGUUUAAAUGAAAAUCAGCUUAAAGACUUCCCUGUUCAUAAAUUUUAGAAAAAACCUGGAAUGAGCUAAGAUUUGCUCAACUGCCCUGUUUGUCUCUGUGAAUUUGAAGAAGGAGAAGAAGUUAAAAUUCUUGAUUGUUGUCAUAGUUAUCAUUCUAACUGCAUAGAUGAGUGGCUUAAAAAGAAUACUCAUUGCCCAGUAUGCAAAUAAGAUAUGAAACAAUUUGUUUGA